UGACCUCGAGACGAAUUGUGGGAUUUUUUCUGAUUAAAAUGCAAAUGAAGGCGGUAUAAGGUAGGCCAGGAGAAAAGCACGGAGGGAUAAAGUGUUUGGAGAGACAAACUAUUUUCUGCAGUGUGAGGGCAGCAGGGAGGAUCUGUGGCUUAAGCCAUCAGGAGGAGCUGGAGGAGAUGCAUUCUUUAUUCUGCGGAGGGAGGAGGGACAGGAGAGAGAGAGAGGGAGGGGAGAGAGAGAGAGAGAGAGAGAGAGAGGGGAAGGGAGAGAGAGGUGAGCGGCGCACACACGUCGCACUAUCAACUGAAUCCAUCUAAGAAAACAACUCCUUCGCAGCCUUAAAGACACUGAGCGCAACUUUGAGCUCCCCAGCGAAACAGCGCGCGCAGGGACGGACGGACGGACGGACGGGCGCACGGACGGACGGACGGACGCGGGCCGUCAUGGCCGGUAUGGAUCGGGCGGCGGAUACUUCUGCGAGUGCGUCCUCACGGUUCGGGCAGAGUGGAAGGAGAGAAGUGGGCGCCGUGAUCACCUCUGCCUCUGCCACCGUUUCCUUCGGUCCUUACGCGCCUCAGACGGUGUUAAGUUAAAGGAGAGAGAGAGAGAGAAAAAAAAAAAAAAGAAAAUACUAAAGGAAAAAAAAGGGGGAAAAAGUGCGGAUAGUGGUGUGGAGCUAUAACUAAAAGGGACUCAUGAAGGUAAAUAUGCUGGUUUGUAGACCCACCGGGUUCACGCUCCUCAUCGGGACCGACUCGCACCAGCGUUACCGAACGGACCUUUACGCACGAUCAUACAGCGGGACCGCAUGAAGGACGGAGGCGCAGAGGGGGAAAAGUUGAACGCGGUUGCAGGGUUUGGAAUGGAUAAAGGCUCCUUGAAGGUCUCUGGAUCCAAAUGUCACCCCCCCUGGACUCUGCCCUGGUCGGGGACCAGCAGUGUGUGACGGACAGGCGAGUGGAGCCUGCGGUGGCUCUCUUCGACGUGGCUUCAAAUUGGCCCUGGCUGAGCUCUGCAUGGAGCAUCGAGUGAAGAGUCCUGCUAUGGUCUGAUGUCUCAGCAUGGAUGGAGUCAGUCAGAGGACUGGCCGCCACUAAUGAGACCAUCGCUCUUCAGCUGAGGACUAGCAUUUACAGGAUUACUCCCACAGUUUCCUGCUCUUUUCCCAGCUAACUGCAUCAUUACAAAACUCCCCAAAGUGGACUUUCUUGGGUCUGUUUCCUUUUUUGGUGGAUAUAUACGUCAUUGCCUUUCUGAAUUUAAUUUGUUUUAUUUCUGCCAGUUUCUUUUUUUUUUAUUGGUUUUACUUUUCCUGUUUUGUUUUUCCACUAUGGAGAUUCUGGCUGGACCCUGGAAUAAAGGUUGGGCUUCAUUUUUGCAUUUUUGGUUGACUGUUAUCGUAAGCCUCCAAAUGCAGUUCAGUCCAGGUGCCUCAUGCCCGGAAGAGUGUCGUUGUGACAAAGAGUUUGUGUACUGCAAUGAACGCAGCUUGACAUCAGUGCCUCUGGGGAUACAAGAGGGCUACAAGAUCCUCUACCUGCAUAACAACCAGAUCAACAAUGCUGGCUUCCCUGUGGAACUUCACAAUCUGGCCUCUGUGGAAACUGUCUAUCUCUAUGGCAACCAGCUGGAUGAGUUCCCCGUCAACCUGCCCAAAAACACCAGGGUUCUUCAUCUCCAGGAGAACAAUAUCCAAACCAUCUCCAGAGCAGCCCUGGCUCAACUGACUCGAUUAGAGGAGUUGCACCUUGAUGAUAACUCCAUCUCCACAGUGGGGGUGGAAGAAGGAGCCUUUAGGGAGGCAGUGAGCCUCAAACUCCUCUUCCUCAGUAAAAACCACUUAAGCAGUGUUCCCAUUGGUCUUCCCGAGGACCUGAAAGAGCUUCGGUUGGACGAGAACCGCAUCGCCGUCAUUGCGGAGGAGGCAUUUCAGAAUGUAACACGCCUGCAGCGCCUCCUGCUGGACGGGAACCUGCUGAUAGAUGAGGGCAUUGCACCGGGAACCUUCCAUGACCUGACCAACCUCCGUGAACUAGCUCUGGGCCGCAAUUCACUCACCUUCCCCCCUCCCCUUUUACCUAGUCAGUCACUUGUCAAACUUAGCCUGCAGGAGAACCAGAUCGACCAGAUCCCUGUGGCGGCCUUCGCUGGCCUCAACAGGCUGGAAAAGCUGGACAUCUCCAGCAAUCAGCUGCAGACUCUUACACAGGGUGUGUUUGAUGGCUUGUCAAGCCUAAGGCAGCUCUCAGUGCGAAAUAACCCGUGGCGCUGUGACUGUGCUGUGAAAUGGGUGGUGGUGUGGCUGAAGUCAUUGCCUUCCUUCAUCAAUGCCCGAGGGUUUGUGUGCCUGAGUCCAGAGAAGGUGCGUGGCAUGGCAAUCAGAGAGCUCACGCUGGAUAUUAUCGAGUGUCCGGUUGAUAAUGACCAGCCGCCGUGGCCUACUCUCCGCUCCACACCCCCUCCUCCACCCACAACCACCCCUGUCACCACCAUAUUCUCCACCCUCAUCACCACAUCCAUACCGUACAAUUUUGAGUCACCCUCCCCACCCUUACCCCCUAUCCAUAAUAACCCGUCCGGGCCCCUGCCUCCUUACGAGGACCCCCUCCAGAUCUCUUUUCAUGUGGUCAACUCCACUAAUAUCGAGGUGAGCUGGGCUUCCUAUUUCACAGUCACAGCCUACAAAGUCACUUGGGUCAAAAGGGGCCAAAGCCAAAUAACCGAAGGAAUGCGGGAACAGACGGUGAGUGGGGACCGCCGGCAUAUAAGCCUCACCAACCUGGAGCCUCGGUCCGUGUACCGGAUCUGCGUGCAUGUGCUGGACACCCUAAACUCCUACAGGCCUGGAGAGGAUACUAUAUGCUCUGAAGCCAGGACCAAGUCUGCCUUGCCUAAGCCUACUGGCUCAGCGCAGUCUCCUCAGGAGAGCUUCAACUCCACGCUGCUAAUGGCUGGGAUCAUAGGUGGGGCGGUGCUUAUCAUCCUGAUAACGCUGCUCAGCUUGUUCUGCUGGCACAUGCACAGGAAGAGCCGGUCAUCUUCGACCAAAUGGAAAUACAACCGGGGCAGGAGAAAAGACGACUACUGCGAGGCUGGAACCAAGAAGGAUAACUCCAUUCUUGAGAUGACUGAGACCAGCUUCCAGAUAGUGGCACUGAACAAUGAACAGCUGCUCAAAGGAGAUUUCCGCAUCCAGCCCAUCUACACGCCCAAUGGGGGCAUUGGAUUUAGAGACUGUCACCUCAGUAACAACAGCAUAGCCUACUGCAAGAGCAGCAACGUGCCCAGUACAGAGUUCUGCCACACGUGAUGCGGCAAAUAGUACAGCAGCAUACACACACAUACCCCAGAACACUUUACAACACAUGCAUAAGUACACACACAUGCACACUAUUUGUGUAGACAACAAAAAACAUAAAAAAUUCUAGUGAAAUUUAACUGUACUAUAUAUAUUUCCAAGUUCUGUCUACAAUGUAAUUUAUACUGUGGAUAAUAAUGUGGGAUUCUCUGCUAUCUUUUUUAUUCUUAGAAAAAGAGAUACAGGUGUUUCUUUUUUAUAACCAGCAGGGUUUUGAAAGUUGUUUUAAUGGUCAGUACUGUACAUGAACAUGGAUUUGUACAAUCACGGCACCCUGGGUGUAGCUCCUGACAAAUGUUGUCAGCCUUGGAAAUGUUGGAUGCUUAGAGGGCUGGGAUCCUUUGCUAACCACAGAAGCAAAAUAUGGCCUUUUUUGCGCUUUUGAAACACUGCAAACGCCUCACCGAUAUAGCAGUAACGAAACACAGCACAGUGGAAACAAAAACAUUUCUGAUUAGAUCGCUGUGUAAACAGCACUGCCUCAACUAGUGGCGUGCUGUAAAAGAAGCGAAUUGAAGUGCUCUUUCUUAUUAAUGGAAGCGAGACAGGAAAUGAGCAGCAGCGGUACCCACAUGUGGGGGGGUUGUGUCGGUAGACUGUCAUCAGACCUCGACUGAGAUUUCCCAAAAGUCGUGCAAAACUAAAAGCAUCUUUGUUCUGGUAGUUUACAGGGCAAAGUUGAGCUUGGUCAAUAAUACACUUUUGGAAAAACCUGUGUGAAAGGAUGUGUCAUUUUCAGCACAUUUGUUUUUUGUUUAAUGAAGUGUAACACAUCUCGGUUCAAUUAUUAACACGGGCCUAAAAAGCAACAAAGAUUUUUUUUUGUCUGUAAUGAGCUGCAUGGAUGUGCUGAGACUUGCAAAUCCUUUUGAAAAAACUCCCUAAUUUGCUCAGCUUUUUUUUUUUGUUUUUUCUUUCCACCCCCUGCUUUGACGAGUGAAGCCACAAGGGGGCAGUUUGUCUCAGCUUCGUGUGUGGGACAGAGGAACAGAGGGCAAAGUCAGACGGAGAGAAAGGAAGCUGCAUAGAUCACUUUACCUUCACCAUUCCCCUAGAGUCCAUUACCCAGGCGACAUUACUCAUGCUCAAACAGAAUUGUUUAGAGUGUUAUUGCUCAUCGAACUACUUAAUGAUGUGGAAUCAUUUAAAACUAACAGUCUUUUCUCUGUUUGGUGACUAAAUGAUAUGGAUUUUCACAACUAUGGUCUAUCACGUAGGGAAGGCCUCUGUUUCUCCAAGCGUGUGUGUGGAGGGCUAAGAAAAAGAGAAUGUGAUGAAUUUUCAGAUGACACACACAUAGCGCUAAUUAUACACCCACUUAUUUCAACCUUGUCGUAGCAUUCAUUAGAGUUUUUGAUAAAUUAGGAAAUUACAACAAAGAGAUUCCACUCCGCCCAUGAUCCUCUCAAUGCUCGGAGCGCAGUUGUGACGGAGCAGCUCAUCUCGUGUCUCAUCAUUUAUCCCUUUGUCUACGUUUAUGAAUGUGUCACCUUCACUUAUGGUUCGCUCACCUGAAAAAUGCACCUGCUCACUUCACAACAGUCCGGGUUCAUUGACGCUCGGGUGAUUCCGGCCUCCGCUCUCUGUCUGUCUCACCGUCUGUUUGUCUCUGAUCCCUGCAUGGGCUCAAUUAAAACGCUUCUGUUGCCCUUCACCUUACGGGCUGUGAUGGCAGCUUUAUGCAUGUGAGGUUCCACUGUGAGGUCUUCAUUAUGUACCUCUUAAGAAGACUUUAUUUGAUUUGACAUGAUUUUAUUUUGAGGGGCCAAGCUUAAAGCAUUCCCACCGCCGACCCCCCUCCACCCCUCUCUCCUCCUAAUCCUCGACCAAAAAAGGGAGAAAAUAUGUAGACCUUAUUUUCACUCGGCUGCAUGAAACUCACGCUGGGAGAAGGAGUGCGUUAACUCUUUGCGGUGUGUGACGAUUCAGCUGCUUAAAAUCAACUCAAAACUAGGACGAACAUUUAAAAGCAGAAACGCAUUUUAAGGGCUUGCACUUGAGUUUGUCCAGACUGUUGAGAUUAUCUCUUAGCAAGCAGCAGUCACGGCAUCUCAAGUAGCUGCACUUACUGUAAUUCCAGCAAUAGCUUAGAUUACAAUCAUGUUUUAUGUUAAAAUGAUGCACAGACCCUCACAGUCACAGUGUUUGAAUUUAUUUCAACCAAGAACAAAAUAGCAAAAAUGAGACAUUUAGUUUGAUUUAACCCUUUCAUGCGUGAAUUAUAAGAGCCUUAGUCAAGAUUUUUUUUUUUUUUUCUGAGUGUUUUUAUUCCUUUUU